AUGGCGUCGGUUGUUACGAUGAAAGACUUCGAACAAUAUGAUUCAAGAAAUUUUCUGGCCCAGACAUCUCUGCAACAGCGGGUAAUAUGCGUGAUACUAGCACUGGCUACUUAUCUAUUCGCAGUCCAAAUUUUGCGGUUCAAGCGACGACAAGCUCUGCAGGAAAGAUAUAGCUGUUAUGCAACACGGAGAUCCAUGGGGAAUAUGACCGAUCAAGAUGCAUGGGCGAUUCAGAAAACCAUCAUGCAGACUGAGUUCCCAUUCAUAGUCCUCAAAUCGUUGCAGUUUGCCCUUUUUCGAACAUAUGGCAUCCCAACAAUAUCAACACUUCUCUUGAAGACAUCUCAGUUCUCAGACCCUUCGACCUCUUUCAAACGGUAUGCCGACACAGGCAUCUUGAUUGGUGAAUUCAUGGCCUUCGAUCCACGCUCCGAGCGAGCACAAACAGCGAUAGCACGGACAAAAUACCUACACCAGGGCUACCGGGCCAGUGGCAAGAUUCUCGAAGCCGACAUGUUGUAUACACUCAGUCUCUUUGCCAUCGAGCCAAUCCGAUUUGUGAAACUUUUCGAGUGGCGUGAGAUGACCGAGAUGGAACGAUGCGCUGUAGGAACAUACUGGAAAAGCCUUGGAGAUGCACUAGGGAUCAGUUUUGAUGCACUGCCAUCUGGAAAGAUUGGGUUUCAGGACGGGCUGCAUUGGCUGGAAGAGAUCGGGGCAUGGAGUCAUGCUUAUGAGGUACAGCAUAUGAAGCCGCACCCUCGAAACAAGGAAAUUGCAGAGAGGACAAUCGAUGUUCUCCUGUAUAGUUUGCCUGAUAUGUUGAAGCCGCUAGGGAUGAAUUUGGUGUCAUAUCUGAUGGAUGAACGACUGCGUAGCGCAAUGAUGAUCGACCCUCCGACUGUGAUGUACAGUGGAAUCUUUGCCUCGGCGUUCAACUUGCGACAGCUGUCUCUCAGACACCUUUCCCUCCCACGACCAAACUACAUGCGACUCGACGUCUUCGCCCAAGAACCCAACAAGUAUGGUCGCAAUUGGGUGACUAUAUAUGAGGGCGAGCCAUACUAUGUCGAACCGAGUAUCUAUAAUCGCUGGUGUCCAACUGCAUGGCUAAUUUGGGCUUUGGGACGGCCUAUUCCUGGCGAUGAGGGAGACAAGUAUUGCCCUCGAGGUUAUUUUACCCCUGAUCUAGGGCCGAAGUACUUUGAAGGGAAAGGGCAUAAGGAGCUCAAGGACUUUAAGGAGAGUCUUCGCCAACAGCGACAGGGGCAGUGUCCAUUUCCCUAG